AUGCUUAAAAAAUAUAUUUUUGUAUUAUCAGUUAAUCUGUUAUUAAAAAGUAUAUUUAAUUUUAGUCCAUUUGAUGCUCAUGUAUUAGCUACAAGGGGUAGCGUAGACCCAUCAAAUGCACAAGAUGGAAAUAAUUUUGCAAACUAUGAACACGCAGAACAACAUCCAGGUGAAAUGUAUAACUAUAUGGAAAUGCAAGACUACUGUAAUAAUGAAAAUGUAGUUAACGAAAAACAUGACAUUGAUCAACAUAUGGAAUUGCAAAAUUUAGAUAAAUGUAUCAGUAGUGAUCAAGAACAGGAAGAUGUAGAACAGAAUAACGAGGAAAUGGAAAAAAUAGAAGAACAAGAAAUUGUCGAAGAAGCACAAGGAAUUGAGGUUGACGAAGAUGUAGAAUAUCUAAUACUACAAGUCAGAGGAAAUGAAGUAAUUCUGCAAGGACGCUCCAGUAGUCUAAGCGAAUUAGAAUAUUCACUUGACUCUUAUAGAUUCCUUUAUGAAGUUCUUAAUAUUGAAUUUGAAACAACAGAAACGUAUUUAAAUAAAAUUGUUAAUUGUUCUACAGAAGAAGAAAAAAGGGAACUUUUGGAAGAUCAUAUAAAAAUUUUACAAGAAAUGUAUGACAAUAGCAAAAAAGGUAAUAACUGUGGAUUGCCUUUUGAACUACGAGAUUCCAUGGCACUUAGAAUAAGUGAUCGUCUCAAAGAUUUUUGUUUGGGUGUACCAUUAAUAGAAUCAUACAUCUUAACACUGAAAUCAGCUUUUCAAUUAGAAUUAGAAGUUUUCAAAGGUGUGUAUUAUUAUACAAAAAGCAAAAAAACGUACACUGAAAGGAAAGAAGCUAUAAACGAUUUAGAACUCAUGAAGUUUUAUCAUGAAGAACUAGCCGACAAUAAUGGCUUGUAUUUAACAGAUGAACAAUUAGAUAAUGCAGCAAUGAGAGUAUCCAACUUUGUUAAUGACAUAUAUUUCGUAUGUUUUUCUAAUCAAGAAGCAAGUCGUGUGUAUAGUAAAUUUCGCGACGAUAACACCACAUUUUUUGACCUCUAA